ACUGGUGAACCCCAUCUCUUCUGCUAGCUAGCCAACCAGUCUGCUUCCUGGUUGAGAACAAUGUCCGACAGGGCGAAAGUUGAGGGGACGUUCAUGAAACUGUACCUUAAUGAUAUUCGGAAACCACUUUCGCAUAGGUCUGGUACACGGUGUUCGACAAAAAAAAAGGCUUCCUGUGAUGACAAAACACUGCCAAAGGGGGCUCCCACUCAAAGGAGGUGUGAGGGGCAGCUGAGAGCUCCCCAGAGAAUCUCUGAAAGGCAAAGCCCCAAAGAACCAAGGGGCAUUUCUCCCUUGUCCAGGUCAGGAGACGAGACCCACAAGGAAGCCUCAGCACCAAAAAAAAAGACCAAAAUAAACAGCUCCGAAAAGCAGACCAGGUCUCAUUUAAAGGGUUAUGAAGCCGGUUCUGCGUCUGAGCAUGACAAGCAGUCAGAGGAGAGCACAGAAAGAGAAAAGGGGCAUGGCAAAUCUGGGAAAAAAUUGGCCAAUAUAGAGGAGCCAAAUGACAUUUUGUCUGACGAACAAACUGGUUUGACUUCCCGGAGCAAAAGAAGGCAGCGUAGUGACCUCAAUGUAUUCAAAGCAGAUGCUGAGCAGUAUGAUACUGCUAUACCUGAGCCUGAGAUUGCAGCAGCGGUGGAAGGGAACUAUAAAAUGGCCUCUGCUUUUAAGAGGGGCAAACAAGACAACCUUACAAAAAGGACUACGCUGUGUGCAGAGGAUCAGUGUAAAAGUGCUAAUCAUGAGUUGGUAGAACAACCUGAGGAAAUGUCAAUUAGAAACAAUCAUAGCAAAUCUAAAAAGGAAAGAACCAGGAGUCGCUCUGUGGAGGGAAUUGAAAGUGACCACUUUGUGACCGACCAUCACACCGCUACCGAAGAGACAUCCCUCAGAAAAAGAAAGGGGGGGUCUCCGAAAUCUAAAAGAAAGAGUGACCAGGGCUCUCAAAACAAUCCUAAAGACAGCGAAAAGGAGGGGCACCAAUCUAAACAUUCAGAGUCCAAAGAGCAGGAGGCACCUGCAAAAGAAUACCAGAGAGAGAAAAAAGUAUUUUCCGUCUCUGAUUUGGAAAAUGGCAUAGUCGGAAACAAAGGCAAAAAGCAAGGCUCCACAGAUUUGAAGGUGCCCAAAAGAAGACUCAGAACGUCGGUGCAAAAAAACCAACAAAUGUGCACUUUCUGUGACAAGGCCCUACCCAACAAGGUGGCGCUGAACAGGCACCUCCAGCACCACACGGGUGAGAAGCCGUUUCACUGCCAAGAGUGUGGCAAGGACUAUGGAAGCAAGUCGACCCUGAAGAUCCACAACCUGCAGGUCCACCACAAGGGGACGAAGAACUUCAUGUGCAACGAGUGCGGCCGACUGUUCACCCACCUCACGUACCUGAAACGCCACCUGUACUCUCACACGGCCCCGGAGAAGAGGCCUCACCGAUGCGCCGUCUGCGGCAAGCACUUCAUCCAGAAGUCCCACCUGGACCGCCACCGGAUGAUCCACACCGGGGAAAAGCCGUAUGGCUGCGAGCGCUGCGCGCUGGCCUUCAAUCGCCCGGAGUACCUGCGCGAGCACCUGAAGCUGCACAAGCCGGGCCUGGCUCUGGUGGAGCGGGAGAAGACCAUGUGCUCGGAGUGCGACCGCGGCUUCGUCAACCCGAAGUACCUGACGAUUCACAUGAGGAUGCACACCGGCGAGAGGCCGUACAAGUGCGAGGACUGUGACAAGAGCUUCACCCAGAUCGGCGUUCUAAACGUGCACCGGCGCACGCACACCGGCGAGAGGCCGUUCAAGUGCGAGGUGUGUGGCGGCUGCUUCACCCGUCGCAAAUACAUGGAGAACCAUGUGAGCAGGAAGCACGGUUCUUCUGGGAAGGUCCACAAACCGGAGGAUGAGCAGUGAGUUUCUUGGCGUUGUGUGAGGUUCUGGGCAGGUCAGACGGUUGCCUACAGGUCGCUCUUGUGUUGUCGCGAGAGGUUUUUAUUUCCUGUUGUGCCAUGAUGUUUUUUUGGGGUUUUUUUUUUGCGGAUCUGUCAUUUAUGUCAACCAAGUCAAUGAUGAAUUCUGUCGUUAUAAGCAUCCUUUCUGCACCUGCUCUUUUUUCACUUUUUGUGUACACGAUCAGUAGAGAAUUUGGUGUGCAAAUGUUGAGUCCUGUUAGUCUCUGUGGGACAGAUGGCCUGUUGCUAAGAGCCACACCCCCCUGGGAAUGAAACUGAUCAGGUGGGAGGAGGCUUUUCUCAUGAUGUACUGACCUUCUGACCUUUGCCUGCCUGAGGAUAUUUUUUGUAUAUGUUUUCCAUGAAUUAAGGGAUGUCGUGUGGCAUGUCACAAGAAUUUCAUUGAUCAGAAUGACGCUGUGUUAUUCUGUGCAUUUGACUAUAUAAA